UGUCCUCUAACAUCCAUCCAUCUGAACUCAAUCCUAUUUGAUCAAUCAUCUCCGCAAAUACCCACAAGUAAUCAUCUAUAAUGGCCGACUCCACCACCUCGUUCAACCCCUUCCGCCCCUCCCCACCACCUCCUCAUCCACACCCAACUCCAGUUCCGCCACCCCCCUCCCCGGACUCCCACCCAACAGUAAUAGUGAUCAUCUUCAUCUCAUUCGGCUGUCUCUUCUUACUUGGAGCCCUUCUUUUAUGCAUUUGGUGGUUCAUGAAGAAGAAACGGACGGAGAGGAAGCUUAUUAAUGAAAGGAAAGACAUCAAUGUGGACGAGCAUUUGAAAGUGCAGGAAAUGAUCAUGGCAGGGCGCCAUGGCCCAAAGAAGGUGUUGGUAUCGGUGGAGGACGAUAUACGUGUGCAUGAGGAUGUCCACAGGAGUGAGGUUGAUAUGGUUGGUAAAGGCUUGCAUGGAAAGCACAAUGAGGGUGUUGCUAAAGCACUUGAAAGUAAUGCAGGUGGUAGUAGUGGACAUAGUGGUUCUAGCCAACAGCUAAGCCUUCCUGAACGCCAAGUUUGAUUGCUUUGAUCGGUGUUACUCCGUUAAAAUUAAUUUUUUUUUUUUUUGGGUGUUUUCACCCGGUUCACCCUUUGGGCUACAUCCGGAUCGAGGCCAAGUUCGGGGUGGUUAGGUUCCAUUCCUCUCCCAAGGGUGUUGCGAGGAUUCGAACACGGGUCCGUCCUACCAAAGCCAGUCCCCAUCACCACUGGGCCAACACUUACUUGGUUAAAAUUAAUAAAAUUAAAAGGUUCUACACUAUUUUAUAAUUUUAUCACUACGAUAUAGCUAUAUUUACCAUAUACUUCAUUUUAUCAGUCUUCGACUUCAGGAAGGGUGUAAAUGUGGUACUGAUGUACUGGAUUUUAUUCAUUCCAUGAUGAAUUUACCAACUUUACCAUGUUUUAUUUUUACAAUACCAUCGUUAUUAUU